CUAAUCUUGAAUCUGAUCACAGAACAGUUCGCUCAUACCACCUUCCCCUAUCUAAUUUUUCGGCCAUGCAUCACAUAUAUGAUGAUCCAUUGCUCAAGAGCCUACUGGGUUACCUUCCGCCAAGCCUCAGAGAUCCAGCCAUGAUCUUACCGGUCAUUGUCGGCUUCUACGUGAUAUUUCUAGGACUUUGCCUCACUGGAGCACUGAGUCGACAAGGAAAACAGAUUAAGAAAGUGAAGGAUAAGAGAAAGGACGAGCAGUUCGCUCUGGAUUCAGAUGAUGAGAAGGACUGGAGAGAAUUUCAGGCCAGCAUCAGAAAAGAAGAUUAGAUUCUGUAAUAUUUUGGAGUUGGGUGUGAACCUGGAUCUCUUGUAAAUACCCCGAAGUCAAUGUAUAAGUGUUAAAGGAG